AUGGUGGACUUGGAGCCGCUGACUUCGCGGCCCUCCAUCUACCGGAGCAACUCCGCCUAUGUUGAUUUCGAAAUCUCCAACGCCAAAAUCGUCAAUGUCGAUGAGAAAGGUCAUGUGCUUUCCGAAAACAACUCCAUCGUGUCCUUCCCAGAGGAGGACUUGAAGAAAGGCUUGAAAAACAGACACAUCCAAUUGAUUGCCUUGGGUGGUGCCAUUGGUACGGGUCUUUUUGUGGGGUCUGGUGCCGCUUUGUAUAUGUGUGGCCCCGCCGCUCUCUUUUUGUCGUAUAUCAUCUUGUCCUUCGUGGUGUGGUUUGUCAUGAAUAUGUUGGCCGAAAUGGCCACGUUCUUGCCCGUGCCUGGUGCCGGUGCCCAGCAAUUUAUCAAUGACUACACCGACCCAUCCAUUGGCUUUGCGCUCGGUUACAACUACUGGUACGGCUUCACGUUUUUGGUGGCUGCGGAGGUGGUUGCGGCGGCGUUGAUUAUUCAGUACUGGACCACGGAAGUGAACAUUGCCGUGUGGAUUUCCAUAUUUUUGGCGUUGGCCGUCUUCGUCAACAUGUGUCCCGUCAAGGCUUACGGAGAGGUGGAGUUCUACUUUUCCGGAAUUAAGUUGGUGUCCAUCACCGGGUUGAUUAUCUUGGGCGUUGUGUUGUUUUUCGGUGGUGGCCCCAACCACGACAGGUUGGGUUUCCGCUACUGGACAAACGGCGAGGCGUUUCACGAGCACUUGGUGCCAGGGAGCACGGGGCGCUUUUUGUCUGUAUGGACUGCCCUCAUCAAAGCCGGAUACUCGUUUAUCAUGAGUCCCGAGUUGAUUGUUGCCUGUUCUGGAGAGACCUCCAACCCCAGAAAGGCGUUGCCCAGGUGCGCCAACCAGUUCGUGUACCGGUUGGCGUUUUUCUACAUUUUGGGGUCCUUGGUCAUUGGUGUGAUUGCCGACUCGACAAGCGAGCUGUUGAACGGCUCGGGCAGUGACGUGUCUGCUUCCCCCUUUGUGCUUGGAAUCCAAAACGCCGGAAUCCCGGUGUUGAACCAUAUCAUCAAUGCCGUGGUGUUGACCUCCGCCGCAUCUGCAGGAAACUCCUUCUUCUACGCCAGUACCAGAACCAUGUACUCGCUUUCGAAGAAAGGCUUGGCCCCCAAAAUCUUCACCACCGUCAACAGGUGGGGUGUGCCAUACUACUCGGUGAUGCUCACAUUUGUUGUGUCGUGCUUGGCGUACUUGAAUGUCUCGUCAUCCUCCACGCAGGUGUUUGCCUGGUUCUCCAACCUCACGACCAUUUCCGGAUUUGUGUCGUGGAUCUUUGUUGCCUUUGCCUAUAUCAGAUGGAAAAAGGGCAUUGUGGCGCAGAACCUCGAGGACCGUGUGCCAUACAAGACUUGGGGCCAGCCAUACGGCGCAUACUUUGUGAUUAUUUUCAUUGGUCUCAUCUCCAUCACCAACGGAUACGCGGUGUUUUUUGACUUCAAUGCCGCCGACUUCAUUGCUGCAUACAUCACGUUGCCUAUUGUGUUUUUCCUCUACGUUGGCCACAGAUCGUAUUCCUACUUCUACCUUGGAAGAAAGCGCUGGCUCAAUCCUCCUGAGGAGUUUGACUUUUCCAAGUUGGAGAUGGUGGAGUACGAGCACAGCCAGAUAGUGGAGCCUGAGCGCAAGGAACAUUUCAAGAAGCUCAAGGAGUUCAAAAUCUUCAAGUCAUCUGUGUAA